AUGGACCUCUUCAACUCGCCAAAGUUCAGUCAUCAUGUCGAGACUUUGAUGCAAAAGAACCGUGUUCCUGGCCUCUCUAUCGCAAUCAUCCAGGGUGACCAGGUCAAGUCCGCAGGCUAUGGCUUUGCCUCUAUCGGGGCAAAAGAACCAUGCACUCCAGACACGCUGUUUGACAUUGCAUCUUCCUCCAAAUCUCUUACUGCAGCAGCAAUCGCUCUUUUAGUUGAAGAUUCUAGCUUUCCAGAAGUCCAAUAUGACUCAAUCAUAUCUGAACUGCUACCCGACGACUUUGUCAUGUCGGAUGAACUGCACACCAAUACCGUCACUGUAGAUGAUCUCUUGGGGCACCACACUGGCAUGCCUGGCCAUGAUGAUUCAUACAUGGGGAUACGCGCUGCUGUGCCUGAUGAUUCGCGAUCAAUUACGCGAAAUCUGCGAAAUCUCGCUGUCGCUGCGCCACCUCGAACACGCUACAUCUACUGCAACAUGAUGUAUACCGUCCUGACACAUCUUAUAGAAGUCAAGAGCGGACAAAGGUUCAACGAAUUCCUACAAGAGCGCAUUUUUGAUCGUCUUGCCAUGACGUCGAGCAGUCUGCAACCCGAAGGCGCCAAAGCUAGAGGUCACGGCCAUCGUCUCGCAAAAGGGCAUGUUUGGGAGAGGAAGACCACGUCAUAUCGCGAGUUCGAGGCAGUGAGCUGUCCAGAGGGCCAAGGCGCAGGGUCGGUAAUCUCGAGCGCCAGCGACUUCAUCAAGUUUCUCAAAGCGCUGAUGGAUCGCGACGGGCCAAUAAGUGAUGAUGUAUACCAAGGAUUGGCUCGACCGCGGUCUGAAAGAGGUGCCAACCAUCGCCAAAGGAAGGCCGGCAUUGACCGCCUCUUCUAUACAGCGGGCAUGGAUCUAUACUGGCAAGACGAACACAUAGUUCUUGGGCAUAGCGGCGAUAUCACAGGCUUUGGUAGUCGCUUUGUGUUUCUACCGGAUCUUAAGUUUGGAGCAGUUGUGAUGGGCAAUUCUUCGGGGACCAAUUCAGUAGCUGCACAACUGUUUCGUGAGUUCAUCGAGAUAGUCAUCAAGUCUAAUAUGAGGUGGCAGCCAUUGAGCGCGAUAUCUAACAGAGAUGUGCACACGAAGCCGCCAGAAGUGCGCGGGAAGCCGAAGUCAGAGUCGCAGAGCCACCCAUGUGGAAUGGUCAAGACCAACGGUGGCAAGGGAAAGGACCAAAAGGACGACAUUUCAACUAUAGUUGGAUCGAGUGCUACCUUGCAAAGGAAUGUGAGUCUUCAAGAAUAUGCUGGCGACUAUUGGAACCCCGGUUAUCGCAACAUGAAGGUAGAGAUCAGAGACAACGGGCUUUUCAUCGAUGCGACAGAUCGCUCAAUGGGAUUCACGGCUAGACUUGAACACAAACGGGGCCAAACGGUGUAUGAUGCGCAUGUGCGAGAUGCAUUUGAGGCAGGCGAUGAAAUCCUGAGGACCGAGUUUAUGAUAGAGGAUGGCAGCGUGGUAAAGAUGGGAAUGGAUCUAGAGUCACUUGUUGGCGACUUGAUAUGGUUUGACAAAGCUGAUAAUAAGCAAUAGCACCGAAGAAUUCAUAUCGAUUGUCACC